AUGAGGCACAUGCGGGGCUUGAUCAUAUUGCUCCGUGAAGCUAACUUUGUGACGCAUGUUGCCUAAUUAUUAAUACGAAGACCACUUCUUUAGAAAGCCUUUGUCCGCCUGCCGGUGCUAUUUUCACCCAGUUUAUUGUAGUCCACACCAAAGCAACUUCUGCCGGGUGCCCGCACAGAUUAGCCUAUCCCUUUCAUCCAACGACGCAUUGUGUAGCCCUUACUUGCCCUGUAUUGGCUUCCGGACGGACCGAGGAUUGGAGGGAAAUGUCCCGAGGAGCCAUAGGUUUGCGGUUUCCUUCACAUCGUAGGGGCCAUCAGUCAGUCACCGCGCUGGGGCGACUUAUAUUGGCUUCGGUGGCGGUCCUGCUCUUGACGAACCCCGUCCCGGCCUCCGCUGACAGGUGGCAUUUGGCGACGGCACAACGGCGUUUACAAGGAAACAGCAGCAACACGACACCGGGGCUCAACGCCACAGUGGUGAACAACUCCACAGCGUUGCUCAACGCAACCCUCGUCAAUGCCCCUGCCAGCAACGUCACGGCAACCAACGCAACGGCGGCUCCCCCUCCUCCUGAGACAGCAAAAGAGAAGAUCUCUGACAAGUUUGCUAAGCUUGAGGCGGGGAAGACACCAGCGGAGAGGGGCAUCGCUAUCACGGUCGGCGUCCUCAUGCUUGUUUGCAUAUUGACAUGCUUAGUUUGCUGUGUCUUCCGGCGGGGUGGCCAAUGGCGCAUUCCGGGGUUGCAGUGGUUCAAAAAGAAGUUUGGAGCCAAGGAUAGGUACUCACGUUACGCGGAUAACAACGAUGACGGCUUCUAAGCAGCGAGGAACGGGGAGUGGUCUCCCAGCAUAGCUCUGCAAAACGCGAUGUGGGUCAGCUUGCCGACGUGCCGUUCGGCCGUCAGGGCCGGCAUGAGCGUGCCCAGAGGAGCCACGAUGAUGAUGAGGUG